GUACAGUAGUUUGUUACAUAAUAAUUGAUGAAUACAACAUGUAUAAAUACUACCUUGACUGUAGGUUUUAUCUUACAUAUCAAUGCUUUUCAAGUAAUUAAGAUGAAGAAACGUAUACUACACUUUCAGACAUGGCAGUCACAAGAUGCCAGUGUAGCUUACUAUAAAUACUUUAUUGCACAAGGAUGAAUAGGACAAAGAUAUAAAUAAGUAACUCUACUGUAGCUUCAUUAUUAAAGCUUUUCUGAUUAGUCUAUGAGAUUGUUAUCAUCUAGAAACAGUGAUUUUGAUUACUUAGUAUAAAUUUAUUAUUUAGUAUUCAAGUGGAAAAUAAGAAAUAGUGAAAGACUAUACAGAGUCUACAUAGAAUUAUCUUUGUAGUUAUGCAAUAUGAUACACUGACAAGUGCCUUCUGCUUGUACUGUCUAUAGAAUAAUUGUUCUUGCACCCAUCUGUCACGUUUACAACCAACUGUACUCUAUUGAAAUUCUUCUUAAAGUUAGUAGUGAAACAAGUUCUGUGCCACAGUUGCCUAGUACUUUUACAUUUUCUGCAAUUGAACACUUUAUUGAUACAAGUGUAAAAGUGAUAAAUUUGUAAAGUGAGUGCAAUUAAAAUAACUUGAAACAAUAACAAUUUGAAAGUAACAUAUUUAGAUAUUUCACAUUAUUUGAGAAAGAGGAUAUAAAUAAUGCAACAGAUGAGCAUAAAAUGUUUUCUACUUUUGUAUUCAUUACUGUUCUUAUUGAAAAAUGGAGUUCAUGGAGUAGUUACAGUAACGGAAGUUCCGGCUGGUCAUUUAGCUGAACUUCCAUGUUUAAGUAGUGAUGAUUAUCAUCGUUUUAUGUUUUGGCAACUUACCGAUGACAAUCGUAUUAUCGGGCCUGGAAACCCUAUGGAUGAAAAUAAAUACGAUUAUGAAGUGUUAACAGGAAAACUUAUGAUAAAGGGUGUGUCAACUGCUGAAUCUGGUUUUUAUAAGUGUGUUUCAAAAGGUGUAUCAGAUCAAUCUGCCAUUAAUAUUCACGUUGUUGAAUUAAUUGUGAAAAAAGAUUGGGAAGAUGUUUGGGAAAACGAUUUUGAGACAAAUUUGUUACGAGGAAUGACUGCGGUUAUGGUAGUAGUUGUUGGCUUAGCUGUUGUUCUUUUUAUUAUUACAACAAAAAGAAGACGAAACCGUAAAUUUUUUGAUUUGGAAGAAUCCAGAGAAAAUUCUCCUGCAAAAUACACACCAAAUGUUAUGGCUCGUCCGACAGCGCCUUCACCAAUACCAGAAGAUGGUGGUAUCGAUAACGAAGCCCUUGAUAUUGACUUCCCAAAAGUAUUCAACCAGAUGCAGAAGUAA